CGUGCUGGACCGCGUGCAUCGCCAAAGGUGUCGCGGAUCCGAAACGGAGCUCUCUUCGAAAGGGCCAUGGACGCGGAUGGUGGAAAAGACGCAGAGACCUACGUGUCCUGGGUGUUGUCCGACUCGAAUCUGCCGACCGGUGGCUUCGUCGCGUCUGCCGGCUUGGAAGCUGUUUACACCCAUGGACUUCUUGAUGAGUGUCUCCGCAAAUAUGGUCCAACGGCUCCAAGUUCGCAGCCUGCACAUCAUGGCCCGCAGGCGCACCAAGCCGCUGCCCUGCUGAUCUUCAUUCAGGAAAGUCUCCGGUCUUAUUACCAUCUGGUCAAGACGAUCGUCCGCGAUGCACACUCCCUCUUGCGCGAAGUGACUGCGCAGAGCACACAAGCGUCAAUCGAGCAGACCGUCGCAAAGUUCUUGCAAGUGGAUCAGCGUGCGCAUGCGCAGAUGCCCAACCAUGUUAAUCGUCGUGCAUCCGCCGCACAGGGCGCCGCGCUUCUAACUUUGUACACAAAGGCUUUUUCGGGAAGCAGCGUACGGCAGAUUCAGGGUGCAUUCGAUGCUGGCGCUGACACAGCGAGUAUCGCCAAGGAUUCCACGGUCCGAACACACAAAGUCUCAAGCUUUCUGGCCAACAUUAAGCGGCAGGUCCGAGCUGGCCGGACCUACGGUCAUCUCGCGAGUGUGUGGGGCAUCUUUUCAGCUUCGCUUGACCUCAGCUUAGAUCGAGCGGUAGACUUGCACCUAUUCCUUCAAGCGAGAGCCGUGCUCUCGUCAGCGGUCCGCCUGAAUAUCCUCGGCCCUUAUCUUGCUCACCAGAUCCUCUUGUUUGAUGUGAGAGAGACUCUGUCGUGCAUACGGAACAAGCCAGAAGACUCGAUAAGCGACAGACAGAGACGAAAAGCAUCGCAGGAAGUUGGACAUACCUUCGGAGGAUCAGAGUGGGAUUGGUCAUGGGAAGAUGAUGACACCGAAUAUGUGACGAGCACUUGGCCCUUACUGGAAAUUGUGCAAGGGCGCCAUGAUCAGCUGCAUUCGAGACUGUUUAAUAGCUGAAUAUUUCCUAAUAGUACAAUGCAAUCUGGUUGGGCCUUUCACCC